AUGCUGACGUUGCCGGCGGCAGCCGCCGUGGCCGUGGUAGCCCUAGCGAUGCCGGCAGCCGCUCACGACCACCAGGCGAACGUGAUACCAGAGGGACAGACGACGACGCAAGAGCCGAUUGAUGCGACGCUGUGGGUGCAUAUCCUGCUGAUGACAUUUGUCUGGGGGAUCAUGUUUCCGGUCGGCAUGGUUUUAGGGAUCAUCAAGAGCCGCUGGCACGUGCCGCUGCAGGUGUUCAACACGGCCCUGGCCGUGCUCGGCUGGGUGCUGGGGCACAUGCACAAGGGGCGGCAGUUUGUGGGCAACAACGUGCACGGCAAGUUUACGACGACGCUGGCGCUGCUGCUGGCGGUGCAGAUAGUGGUAGGCGUGUAUCUGCGGCUGCACCUGGAGCGGGGUCUGCACGGGCGUCUGAUCCGGCCGGCGGCGAAGCUGGUGCACGGCGUCGUCGGCAAAGCCUUUCCGGUCGUGGCCUGGGUGCAGAUGGUCUUUGGCUUCAUCACGGCGCUGGGCUUCUGCCAGGGCGACCACGUGGGCCAGUGCGCGGCACACUUUAUCAUGGGCGGUGCCUUUGUGGCGUACGGCAUCCUGCUGACGCUCCUGCUGGUCGUCGGCCAGGUCUGGCUGCGCCGUUCCGGCCGCUCGCCCGAAUUCUUUGACAGCGCCGUGAUCGCGGCCUGGGGCUGCGUCAACACCUUUACGGAGCACCACUGGGGCACCGCCUGGGUCAAGAACGACUGGCAGCACACCACGAUGGGCAUCAUCUGGUGGAGCGCCGGGCUCGCCGGCAUCUGGCUCAGCCGCACCCGCGACGGCCGUCCCCAACGCAACUUCGUGCCCGGCUUCGUCCUCUUCCUCACCGGUUGGGCCAUGUCGUCCCACCCGCAGGAGCUCAUGAUCAGCGCCGCCACCCACGCCAUGUUUGGCUACUCGCUCAUGGCCUGCGGCGUCACCCGCAUCAUCGAGGUCGCGUUCCUGCUGCGCGACCGCAACAGCAUUUCGGCCGACGGCAUCGAGAUCAACAGCUUCCAAUACAUAUCCGUCUUUCUCCUCUACGCUUCCGGCUUCCUCUUUAUGGGCGCCACCGAGGAACAGAUGCUGCUCGUGUCGACGUCCGGCCUCGACCACGUCGCCUACAUCCUGAUCCUCUACAGCGUCGCCUUUCUGCUCUUCCUCUUCGUCCACCUGCUCAUCUCCCUAUACGACCGCACCGUCAACGCCGACCUGUUGGCCGCUAAGCAGCGCCAGUACCGUGCCGAGCUGGAGGCCGCCGACAACGACAUCUCUGCCGUCGGUGCUGUUUCCGGCACUGCUGCCGGCACCAUCCGCAUCAACGGCAACAGUCGCGGCCCGGCCGAUAGUCGGCAGGUGCGUGACGCCGAGGAGUUUGAGCUGGGCGACCUGGAGAGUGAAGAGGAGGACGACGCCCUUUUGGCAAACGAAGACGAGGAACAGUCGUCCCGGCGGAAACUGCUCAAGCAGGAGAGCGACGACGAUGUCACGCUGGUCCAGCCCAACGGCCAUGCCACCAACGGACAUGCAUAG